AUGGUUCCGAGGAUCGGGACCUCACUGUGCCCAUGGGGUAUCCUGGGGAGAGGAGAUCUGCUGGCAUUUGUGGUUUGGUUGUCCAUGCUGCACAUGGUAGGCAGCCAGAGGUCUGCAGGUGGAUUCAGUCUUCACCCUCCAUACUUCAACCUGGCGGAAGGGGCCAGAAUCAGGGCAAGUGCUACCUGUGGGGAGGAGAGGAGCUCCGAGAGAGAAGGAGAGGAGCCCCAGCCUAGGAUGGACCUGUACUGUAAGCUGGUGGGAGGACCAGUGCUGUCAUCACAUACUAUCCAGGGGCAGUUUUGUGAUUUUUGUGACACUUCAGAUCCUAAUAAA